CAGGAAGAAUGGACAAACUUUUAUAGCGGGGGAAUAACCCACCGCGCUCGCUGAAAUGAUGGCAGAUGAUUUAGAACAAUUUAUUGAAGAUCAGAAGGCCAAGUUGGCACAAGAUAAGGCAGAACUUGAAAAUGAUCCACCUUACAUGGAGAUGAGGAAUAAAGAAUCGGAGAAGCUUUCUGAGUCUAGCAAAAUGUUAAUUUCCAUGGCUAAAGAAAAUAUACCUCCAAAUAGUCAACAGAACUGUCCUUUAGGUGACUACGGCUUGAGUUUACCUCUUGGAGAAGAAUAUGAACGAAAAAAGCAUAAACUGAAAGAGGAACUUCGACAAGAUUAUAGGCGAUAUCUUUCUCAGGGUAUUUCACAGGCAAAAAGAAAGAAAAAUUACCUGACUACUGGUGAAGUAGAUCCAUAUACUCAGGGAUUAUCUCUUCCUAUUGACGAGCGGAGGUCUGCAAAGGAGAAACUACGGCUUGAAAGAAACAGAGAGUACAAUCAAUAUCUCAGGGAUAAAGAAGAAUGGAAUGAAAGACUAAAGAAACUGGGGAGGAAAAACACAGAGCAGGAGACAGACAGAAAUAAAACUACUACUGUUACCAAACUUCAGCCAGAGCUACAUACACAAGUACAUACCUGUAGUACAGGUACAGAACCUCCCAAGAAAGAUGCCUUUACUUCCACAGAUGGUUAUGAAGAACUGCUUAAAGAGAGACAACUGGAGGAAGACAGGUAUCAUAGGCUAGAUGGUGAGGCUGAAGAAAGAAGUAGACUAUUGCAUAAAAAGCUUGAUGAAGAUUUGGAUGUUCCUGAAAGACGACGUCAUGGAUUUGCUAGCCAAUCUAGUAUUCCUAUUAGGAGGCAUCACAGACUUGAUGAAGAUCAUAAUUUUGAUAGAAGAUACUACAGAAUGGACUAUGAUCCUGAGGUGAAUGAAGAAAUAGACUCUAGAUUUAGAUAUGAAAAUGAUUAUGACAGAAGGCCUCCACGGAUUUUUUAUGCUGAAAGGCCGUAUCUGGAUGCAAGAGUAAGAGGUCUGCCUGCAGAUUAUGAAGAUGAAUUAAAGGAGAGAUCACAUGUGCAACAGAUCUCAAGAACUGGAAAUACUAGAAAUCAAGCACAAGUUAGUACUUCAGCUAGUGAACAGGCAAAGUCUACAGCUGAAAUGCCAUAUUCAACAGGCCUUGUUCUUGGUGGUCAGGAUCGAGAACUUCUCCAAAGGAGAAAAGAGAAAUACAGACAAGAAUUAAUUGAACAGAUGGCUGAGCAACAGAGAAAUAAAAGACGUGAAAAGGAACUUGAACUCUCAGUUGCCGCUUCUGGAGCACUAGACCCAGAAAAGAAGCCAAAUAGAUUGAAGCAGUUUGGCUUGAUGGCAAGAGCUUCUGAAGAGAAAGCACCACCUGAAAGGCCUAGGGUUGCUUUCCAAACUCCUGUGCCCAUCCCUUCCAUCUCACCAAUGAAUGAAGACUUUCAGAGAGGUCUAUCUAGCACCCUUGGUGAAAUAACGGCUCCCAGGCUUGCAGCUAUGCCACUGCCUCCUCCACCACCAGCUUUGACAGAGAACUAUAGAACGCCUUAUGAUGAUGCAUAUUACUUCUAUGGGGCUAGGAAUCCUUUGGAUCCCAAUCUUGCAUAUUAUGGCACAGCUACGAUGGGAACGCAAUUCACACCUAAUCUGGACAUUCCUUCAAGCCAAGCCCCAGCAGAGCAAUCCCUAAGUAACACCGGACAGAGGAAUACAGCAGAUAGAAAUGUAGGAGUAUUUUCUGAAGAAAAAACAAAACCUUCCAAAGAGGCAACAUUAUCUUACCAACAAGAAUUGCAACAGCAGAUAAGAGAGAGAGAGGAACGACGCAGGCAAGAGAGGGAAGAAAAGGAACGCUACGAAGCCAAGUUAGAAGCUGAAAUGAGGAAUUACAAUCCCUGGGGAAAAGGCGGUGGUGGUGCUCCUCUCAGAGAUGCAAAAGGAAAUCUAAUAACUGACUUGAAUAUGAUGCACAAGCAGAAUGAAGAUGCGUAUCAUAAUCCAGAGGCAAGACUAUAUGAAGAUAAAAGGGCUAUUGUAUCUCUUGACCUAAGUUUGGCCUCCCCAAGACCUGAGAACACAGAAGCAUCUACAAAUAAGAUAGCAGGUUUUACAUUUGCACAGACCUCUCCUUUUGCUCGAGGUAAUGUGUUUGGUGAGCCACCAUCUCCACAGCAUCUUAAGCGACAAGAGUCAUACAAGAAUUUUCUUCGUCUACAGAUUGAAGAAAAGAGACUUAGGGAAGAAGCAGAGCGAGAAAAACUUAGGAUGGAAGAAGAAAAAGAAGAAAAACGACUAGCUGAACAGAGGAUGAGAAUUCAAAAGGAAUAUGAAGAUGAGCAGGAAAAGAAAAGAAAGAAAGAGGAGGAGCAAAGAUUGAAAAAUGAAGAAAUAAUUCGAUUAGCUGAAGAGAGGCGAAAAGAGGCAGAAAAAAGGAAAAAAGAAGAAGAAGAAAAGCAAGAUGAGCUACUUAGGCAAUAUUAUGAGAGAGAAAAAAUUGCAAAGAUGGAAGAGGAGAAAAAGAUGUUCUCAAGGCAACCUUCUCCUGUCAUUCCUGCUCUUCAGAAUAAAUCAAUAAGAAAAGAAGAGAGAAUUUCCUCUGCUGAAAGUCAUAUAUCUUGUUACACACAGGAUCCUGCACAACCGAGGGCUCCUUCUCCACCAGUCCCUGCUAGAAGAAAUCAGUUGCGGGCAUUUGAGGAAAGAAUGAAUGUGAUAAAUGAAUUAUCAGAGAUGAGGAAACAGCUUCGUAGUGAAGAGAGGCGACUACAGGAACAGCUGCUAAAUGUGGCUAGUGAUGAUGACAUACCGAUUACACGGAGGAGAAGAGAGAAGAAUCCAAAGGAUGUAUUCGAAAUGGCCAGGCUUCGUCUGCAGGCUCCAGUAAGGCGACCUUCAUCAAAGGAUACACAAGAUCCUGUCAAUAUACAGAAUAUAUGGGAAUUUAAUGAACUUAAAUACAAAGAUUCUGAUACACGUAUAGGCUUGAGGCACAUGUAUCCUGAACCUCCAAAAGAUGAUCAGACCUUAGAGAUUCAGCAGCAGGCACUAUUGAGAGAGCAGCAGAAGAAGCUUGACAGAAUGAGAAUGAGGAGAGAAACAGAAGAUCAAGAUGAUUCUGCUUCUGGCUAUAACCCACAAAAGGCAGGACUGUUCAGGAAUGGAUCUAAUGAAUUCUUGAAAAAUUCACUGUUGGAAUCUGACAGUACUUUUAUUGGUGCUAAUGGGGAAACAUUUCCUGCCUUAGAAGUUAAUUUAACAUCGCAGCUUCCACCAUCUGCAAGGGAGAGAAGACGAAUAAAGAAGAAAGCAUUGGAGAGUACUGAAGAUGUUCCAUCAGGCCGAACACCAUUGCCACAGCCUGACAGCUUUUCUUUGCACUCAAGCUCCAGCCUCAACGUUGAUCAGUUGAAAGGCAAGAAUGAAGAACGGUUGCGCAGACUUACUGAGCUCCGGAGGAAAUCUGCACACUUAGGUGAUAACAUUUCCUUAGGAGAAGCCGACGACCUUUUGAAGCCUGUUCCACCUGAAGGCAGCAGGCGGCCCCAUUCCGUUGACACAGUUGCAACAGAGCCCUGGCUGCGACCAGGGACAUCUGACACUCUCGAAAGGUUCGUGGCUGAACAGUCAAGCCCAGCUAAGUCUUCUCCUGAAAAUACGGUACCGCUCAGUUGGCAAGGCCUCUCAACUGCACAUGGCUGAAUAAAAUCCAGGUUGAAACCAGCUGUGCCUUUCAUCAGAGAAGGGACUUCAUCACUACUGCACUUUUUAUGGUCUCUUGUAGGGAUUAGUUCUAUUUUAUGUAGAUGGUGUGGAGCAGUAUGGAUCACUUUUAAAAAAGCAAUAAUAAAGUAACAGAAGCUGCAGUGUAGUUGACUUGCAUAAAAGGAGACUAUUGCACAAGGAGUGUUUUAUGUUGUAUCAUGAUGGAAAGGGGAUGAGUUUGGCAUUUUUUGCACUUUUUGUAUGAGUUAGUUUCAGCCUUAGAAAUGGAUUGACUUACAGAAAAAAAGAGUUUGUGUGUAUGAAUUUCGUAUUAAAUCAAAGAAAGAUAAUUAAUUUUUAGCUGUGUUUAUAGCCAGUUAAACUCCAAAACAGCAGAGGUGUUCUACCAAAAGCAUAAAUAACUGACAAGGGGACUUGUUUUUCAUACAGUGAUAAGUUGUAUCCUGCAUGAAAGCUCAGAAAACAGAGUUUUACAGAAAAAAAAUGUUAGCACUGUAUUUCAUGUUCUCUAAUCUGUAUGUAUGUGCUGGAAAUACAGAUAUUGUUGCAUAUAUUUAAUUUAUGGUC